AUGUCGUGGAUUAAGGAAAUGGCUGGCGGCGAGGGUCCUCCUCCCUACGUCGACAAGUCUUCUAACAAGGUGCAAGAUCCGUCGAUCCCGAACAGAAUGGUGUCCAACAAGACCGCAAAUCGACCUUUCCUUGCCUAUAAGGAGUAUCGCGAACAUCAAGAGGCCCUGCAUGCUGCUUGGCUGGAGAAGAAGAAGGCACGCGACGAAAAGAUAGUUAGAGGAGAGAAGGUUGGCCCUCUGGAACCCGACCCGACUGCUCAACAAGAAGUAGGGCUACUUGGUCUCCUCAAAUUCAUCGUAAUUGUGCUCUUCUGUUUCGCUCUGGCUGGCAAGUUCUUCACUGGAAGCUAUACUUGGGAGAACCGCAGCAAGUGGCUACAGCUCAAGACAUAUUGGCCGCAAAACCAACGACUCUUCUCCGAGAGCCUCCUUGCGACGUACAAUGGAGAAAACGGGAAGCCAUUUUAUCUGGCGAUUGACGGUGAUGUUUACGACGUCUCGAAGGGCAGGGCCUACCAGCCAGGCGGAUCUUAUCACCAUUUUGUUGGGGUGGACGCUGCUCGCGCCUUCGGCACUGGCUGCUUUGAAACCCACCGUACACAUGACACUAGGGGAAUGCUAGAAGAUGAACUGCGCGGUCUCGCCCAUUGGAAAAAGUUUUAUGCAGAGCACAAGGACUAUGUCAAGGUUGGAAGAGUGAAUCACCCACCCAUUGACCCUGCGAGUCCGAUUCCUGAACACUGCGAUCCGAAGAAAGCGAAACCCGCGAAGGAGGCGGCGGAGAAAGAGAGGCAAAAGGCGAGGGAUAAGCCAGUGCACAAGGAAUUAUAA